CAUGAAGAGGGAAGUUAGCUAGACAGAUGUCCCAGACAACAACUAACUAUAAUUAUAUUCUCUUGAAUUUGGAUAUGGCCGACGAGGCACGACCAAAGAGACGACGCCCCUCCGAAGCACAAAUGGCCAAGAGGAGGGGGAGGGAGAGGAGAAGCAGCGCGCGAAGACCCGGAUUUACGUCGGACCAGCCUUCGAGAGGUGGCGAGAAGUCCGCCGGCAGAGGGGCUUCCUAACCGACAUAGAGCUGGCUCUGUAUCUGCUGGACAGGUCCGUCUCACCUGGACUCGGCAGAUCUUCCGCGACACCGACAGGAGCGGCAGCAUCCUCCUCCUGAAGGUGAAGAUGAAGGAGCUGAGGUGCAUCGGCACCUGUUUGUCGUUAUUCGUCAUGGCAAUCGUCUUCGACGUGGUCGGUGUGAUCCUGCUGUUCGUCGGCGUGUUCGGGGACGUGCGGCGGAACGGCGUGUUUUACGGGGAUUUCCUCAUUCACACCGGCGGGCUGCUGCUGUUCGCCAGCCUGGCCUGGUGGCUCAUGUGGUACGUGGGAAACAUCAGGGUAGAGGAGGAGAAUGAGCGCGUGGAGCGCGGGUCGAGCGCGGCGCGCAGCGUCAAAGAGCUCGCGAGGAAACUCACGGAGAGACUCUCCAAAACACACAACAGCGGUGAGAAAACUAGAAGCACCUCUUCCACCAUUCGAAACGUGACGUGGGGCAAAUCCACAUAUUUCCCAGGACAAAAGGAUCUUGAUUUGAUCAAAUGUGAUGAACUACCCAAAGAAAAGUCCGAUGAUGAUCAGUUCAUGUACUACCAGAAUCAAGGAUACGAGGAUGAGGAGUCCGGCAAGGCAAUCCCAGGUGAGGACUCUGAGUCAGAUGUGAGCAAAUGCGAUGAAGAGUCUCAGGAGAAAAAGCCAAAAGAAGACGAGUUCAUCUGUUUCCAGAAUGAAGGCUAUGAGGAUUCAGAAACAGACCGCAAACCUCCGGAGGAGAAGCCGGACGAUCAGACGGAGCCGCAGAGUUUCGAUGAUCUGCUGUGAAAAGAGGUCCUGAAACAAUGACUGAAUUAGCCGAGAAGUCUUCAACUAUUUGCCAUCCGCAGUACGCUUAGAUACUGCACACAUUUCAAACGGAGUCUGAAUUAUAGAAUUAUGGCUUUAAUAUAGUAAAACACAAUAGUCUGUUGUGUUUAUAUGGAGUGGUCAAUUCAUAUGAAAAAUUAGAGUAUCGUACAAAAACUCAUUUAUUUCAGUAAUUCAACUUAAAAGGUGAAACUAAUAUAUUAUAUAGACUCAUUACAUGCAAAGUGAGAU